UUCUUCAACCAUCAACGACGAAGAAACACAUAACAACACACAAUCAUCAACUGAAAGAGAACAUUAAAAAUCAUCAAUGGCAGUCAAAGUUUACAUUGUUUACUACUCGAUGUAUGGGCAUGUGGAGCAACUAGCAAGACAAAUAAAGAGAGGUGCAGAAUCUGUACAAGGUGUUGAGGCCAAACUAUGGCAGGUACCUGAGACACUACCAAAUGGAGUGCUUCAUAAGCUGAAUGCACCACCAAAGAGUGAUGUACCAAUCAUUGAACCUGAUAUGCUCAAUGAAGCUGAUGGCCUUAUCUUCGGCUUCCCCACGCGGUUCGGAAUGAUGGCUGCCCAGUUCAUGGAUUUUCUUGACAAAACCGGACCUCUUUGGUUGCAACAAGACCUUGUAGGCAAGCCUGCUGGACUCUUCUACAGCACCGGUUCGCAAGGCGGUGGACAAGAAACAACACCCCUUACUGCUAUAACAAUGCUGGCACAUCAUGGAAUGAUUUAUGUUCCAAUCGGAUACACGUUCGGCCAUUGCAUGUUCGAGAUGGAAGAAGUGAAAGGUGGAAGCCCCUAUGGAGCAGGGACUUAUGCUGGUGAUGGAACAAGACAGGUUUCUGAGAUUGAAUUGCUGCAAGCAUUCCACCAGGGGAAUAUUCUUGCCAGCAUCACCAAGAAGCUCAAGGAUUCUGCAUAAAGCAUAUAAUGUUUUUGGCAAUUUUUUCUUUUCAAGGUGAUAUUGAUUUGUAUGGAGUUCAAUUCUAGUACUUCUUGUCUUCCUUUGGAUUCUGUGUUUAUCAAGCACACAAAUAGAUUAAAGUUUUAUUUUAGUCCUUUAAGCUUUAUGAAUUAGUCAUUUUGAGUCCCUAGCAUUCAAAUAUUAACUUUAGUCUCUCAAGUUGAAAAGUAUAAGUCAUAUUAGUGGUUUUGCCUCAGAAAGCACACUAUUAAAAUGUAUACCAGAGUUGGGAAUUUCUUUGAUGAAGAGUUGA